AUGGGAUGUUGCAUAUUAGUUGAGCUCCCAAAUUCUCAAGUUGAAGAUUCUGAUUUUGAGCCGAGCCGUAUAAUCAUAAUCACGGAAGAAUGGGAUUGGAAUUCAGAAAUUGAAUGGAACUUGGACAUGGUUGAGGCCUUUGAUGGGUACAAUGGAAAUGCUGCUGCAAUUUUUGAUAGGGAUAAUUUGUUGAAUCAUAUUUUGAUGGGCACAAUAGAAAUGCGGAAGAAAUUGGGGGUUUGCCCCUAUUUGCUUGUAGAAAUCUUGAAAUUAUUUGAAAACCGCGAAGUCUCAUUUGCAUUUUUCAAGUUGGUCUUCUGUGAUGCUUCGGAAUUCAUAGCCCAGUCGUGUUGUAUUGUCGCACAUGUCUUGGCUGCUGAGGGGUUGAGGUUGAUGGCACAGGAUGUUCUCUCUUGUGUAAGUAGUAGAAUUGGUGAAUGUAGGAGUAAUGAGUUGGUAGAGUUUAUGUGGAGAGAGCAUAGCAAGUAUGAGUCAGAUUUCUCGGUUCUUGAUUCUUUGAUGAGGGCGUUUGUGAAUGCAGAUAUGGGUUCCCAAGCAUUGAAAAUCUGGGAUAGAAUGAGGGAGGUCAGAAUUAGACCAAGUUUAUCAGCUGUUAGCAUUUUCUUUGCGCUGCUAAUUAGAGUUGGUGAUUAUGGUAGUGUAUGGAAGUUAUUUAGAGAUAUGAUCCAAAGGGGACCUUGCCCGAAUAUUUUUGUGUAUAAUGUGAUGAUUCUUGGCUUUUGUAGAAAAGGGUGUGUUAGAACAGGAGAAAGCUUGUUGUUUUUGAUGAGGAAGUAUGGUUGUGAACCUGAUGUUAUUGCACAUAAUUUGCUAAUAAGUGCAUAUUGUGUGAGAGGCUGGACAUCUCAUGCUCUGAAUUGGGCGCAUUUUAUGGCGGAAAGCGGUUGUGAACCAAGCACUGCCACAUUUGUUACAAUUAUUAAUUCACUCUGCAAGGAGGGCAACAUUGUAGAAGCAAGGAAAAUGUUUGAAGAAAUGCAAGAAAUGGGUGUUUCACCAGGCACUGUGACAUACAAUGCUUUGAUGGAUGGCUAUGUAAAGGCAAGAGAAAUUGGUGAGGCUAAUAUGCUCUAUGAGGAAAUGCGGAAUAUGAGAGUUGCUCCUGAUGGUAUAACUUUUAACAUUUUGGUUGCAGGAAACUACAAAUAUGGGAGGGAAGAUGAUGGCAACAGGUUCUUAAGGGAAUUAUCUAUGAUGGCUUUGAUUCCUGAUUGUUCAAUAUCUGACAUGUCCAUUUCAGGAUUGUGUUGGGCAGGAAGGUUAGAUGAGGCUUUGCACUUACUGAAGACUAUGCUUGAGAAGGGCAUACCUGUUAGCAUAAUUGCCAUCAAUUCGCUCAUUUGUGCUUACAGCAGAGCAGGACUGCAUGAGAAAGCUUUUGAAGUGUAUAACAUAAUGACAAAAUUUGGUCUUACUCCUUCUGCUUCCACAUCUACUUCUCUGCUGAUAGGUCUAACUAAAGUAGGGAAGCUUCAAAUUGGAUUGGAUAUUUUCACUGGAAAAAUGCAUCAAAAUGGUAGAACGUAG